AAGUGUCAAAUGGUCCAGUGUUUUGCAGAGUGAUGUGUAUUACGCGAGAAUACCGGCUAACAAAAGUCUGAUUUUAUUUCUAAGUGUCGAAUUCGAAUCGUCUGAUCUCAAUUGGAACUCGAUAAGGCAGAUAAGAAGCGCUCUCGUGGAAUGGUUUAGUUGUUUGUGUGAUAUUUCUUAUUAAAUCGGGUGUUGUUGCUGCGACGGAUUUAUCGAUUUGUUCUGACAGAAUAUUUAGGAGAUGUUUUCCUUCGACGGACCACUCACGAGCCGAAAGGGCAAGCGCAAAACGUCGGAGACGUCGAUUUUCGAUAUAAAUUAUACAAAAGAAAAUGUUCAUAACAUAGCAGAAUACUGGACUAUUGUUUUACUUCUCUUCGUCUUCCUAAUUGGAUGUUACACACGCUACAACUAUCGUGAUAAUUUACCAAAAGCCUUAGGCAAUAAUGAUCUUCUUAACAAGCCUACUCGAUUCAUAGCAGAACGUGCAUGGAAAGAUCUAGAGAUUCUUACAAACUUCGGGGCAAAACCCACUGGAUCUUACAACAAUGAAGUACUGGCUGUCGAUUUCCUUAAACGAGAAAUUUCGUACAUACAACAAAUGGCACAUCCUACGCAAAAAAUUGAGAUGGAUGUUCAGGUCGUCAGCGGAGCUUACUGGGCAGCUUUCAAACCGCACGGUAUGACAAAUGUCUAUCGAAAUGUACAAAAUGUUGUCGUUAAACUGCAUGGACAAUCAAGUGAUUUUCAUGGAAAUGGUAAUCACUCCUUAAUGCUGAAUUGUCAUUUCGAUUCGGUGGCCGGAAGUCCAGGAUCGAGUGAUGACGGAGCCAGCUGCUGCGUAAUGUUAGAAAUUUUACGAGUCCUCUCUCGAAGAAAUGUUGUUAACAAACAUUCUAUUAUAUUUCUAUUCAACGGUGCUGAGGAGACGCCCCUGCAAGCUUCGCAUGGAUUCAUAACACAACAUAAAUGGGCUAAAGAAAUCAGAGCAUUCAUCAACCUCGAAUCCGUGGGCUCCGCCGGAAAAGAAAUACUUUUUCAAACAGGGCCUAAGCACCCGUGGCUAAUCAAAAUGUAUGGGCAGGCAGCUUCCCACCCCAAUGCUCAAGUGGCCGCAGAAGAAGUAUUUCAGUCUGGUCUCAUCCCAUCAGAUACAGAUUUCAGAAUAUUCAGAGACUUUGGCAAAAUUCCAGGAGUCGAUCUCGCUCAUGUAAUAAAUGGCUAUCGAUACCACACAAAGUACGACCAUAUUAAAUUCAUCCCAAAAUCAGUUCUGCAACACACGGGUGAUAACAUUCUAGCUCUAACUAAGUUAAUUGCAAAUUCAGAGGAAUUAAGCAACACCGAAAAACAUGCGGAAGGAUCGGAGGUGUUUUUCGACAUUUUAGGUUUUGUUUUCGUUCACUAUUCAGUCCACUUCGCAAAAAUAUUUAACUAUGUGGUCGUAUCACUGUCGAUUGUUCUUCCUUACAUAUUUCUAUCAAGAGCUACACAAGGAAUCAAUCGAAAGUAUCUUCGCUAUGAAAUUAUUUUGGGUUUUCUUGUCAAUGUGAUAUGUUUUGUGGGAGCGAAUGCUGCAUGUUACGCUAUUGCAUAUGAUGUAGAUAGAGCUGGACGGCCGAUGUCGUGGUAUUCUUAUCCAAUAUUAGUUAUAACUGUGUACUGUGUUGCAACGUUGGCAGUUCAAUGUAGUGUUCAUUUGUUAUUCAAUCGCAAUAAAAAGGCUCCGAUGAGUAUCGCGUUGAAAACACAGGCUCGCCUGACUGGCACUAGUUUAUUUUGGGGCCUGCUGGCUGCAGCUAUUACAAUGGCUGAGUACAAAAUUGGUUACGUUAUAGUUGUUCCACAACUUAUAACUUUAAUCACAAAUUCGCUGAUCGGAUUUAUGGGGCUACAGAACACCAUUCGGAAGUGGCUCUACGUCCAUCUAGGUGGUCAAGUAUUAGUGGUACUGUGGGCAACACACUUCUAUCAUGUGGUAGUCGAUAUGUUUAUUCCGAUCGCAGGUCGAUCGGGUGGUGCUAAGAAUCCUGACUUACUCAUCGCUAUAAUUAGUUGCUCACUUACCUUCUUCAUCACCAGUUACCUAACACCGUUAGUUAUUCUAUUGAAAAGAUCUCGGCACUUUUUACUCUCUUUGCUCGCAAUUUAUGUGAUAUCACGAUAUUACUUUGUUGCAUUUACAAAGUAUGGUUUCCCUUAUAGGGAUAACUCAAACGGUUUUCCGGCUGUCCAAAGGCACUUUAUUACCCACACAAUGAGAACAGUUCAUGAUUUGAAUGGUACGAUCCAGUAUACUGACGCCGGAUUUUGGAUGAGAGAAUUAGAUCGCAAUGCAAAGAAGACAAUCGAAAGUCUUAUCGCUCCGGAUGAGCCGAUUCCACAGAUGAAGAAUAAUCUGUGCCAAACUCAAGUGUUUUGCGGACUACCCUUUUAUUCCUGCCGUCAGUUGCACACAGACGGUUUCUGGGUGCCUAGUCCACAACCGUUGGUAAGAGAGACCGGUUUGUUAGUACUCAAAAAUCGGAGAAAACUAAGUCCUACUGAAAUCCAACUGUCCUUCGAACUCACUGGUAGCUACUUGAUGUCUCUGCAGAUUCGUCCAAAGCCGGGUAUGACCCUUGCAAAUUGGAAUAUUAUGGAGUCAGUACCCGAGCCUAAUGUGUAUCUGAACCAAAAAGCUUAUUUCGUUAUGAUAACUCAUGGUCUGGAAGCACCAACCAUGAACAUAACAUUGAAUUUCAAGACAAAUGAAGAUGACUUUAAUGGACCGCUUGUUGACAUCGCUCUGGUUACAUUUCACUGGGAGUAUCAUAAAGAACAUACGCCAACUUUUGCCAAUCUUCUUGCUAAGGUACCAACAUGGGCAUUUGUCGUCCCUUCUGUAGCGUCCUAUAAAUCCUGGGUAUAUUAGACGUAUUGUAACCCAAGGGGAAAUCUGCAAUGUAAUUGCUUUUGGCGACAAAUAAAACCUUCGAAUACUUUUAAAGCAUUUCCUUUUAGCUUCGAAAUUAGAUUACAAGUUAAAUAGAACGUACUUACGUUGUAAUUGAACAAUACAUAUAAACCUUAGCAAUAAGAUUUCUCGACUGAUUACCAAUUUUACUAUAUAAUGUUAUGAACUAUCUGUUUGUUUUUUCUAAAUAAUAAAAAAAGUUUGAAUAUAA